AUGGGACUUCGCACUCCGGAUCACUUUGAGCAGAUCAAUUUUCAAAAGUUUGCGACCACUUAUCUGUUCUGCGCUGCUUUCAUGCAGCUUGGGGAUCAUAAUUGGUCUCGCAUGUUGCAGGCAGAGGCGAUGCAGCUGGCGCGCAUGUUAAAUCUACAUAAGGCUUCGGAGUAUGCUGGUCUUAACCACGUGGAGACUCAGCUGCGAAAGAAGGGAUUCUGGCUUGUAUUCUACGCUUUUAUACAUGGACAGCUACAGAACAUAUUCGGGGAGCGAUUAUCGUACUUGGAUCACUACCAGCUGCAUUUGCUGAAUCCCGAUGAUCUUAUGCCCGCCGAAGUUGAUGACGAGUUCAUAUUUGAAGAUAAGAUCCAAACACCUUGCACCUCGAUCCCUUCUUUUGUUGCUGGACUAAACCUCAACUCUCGCGUGUUCUGGGCCGCUGCUCGAAACCCUCUUCUGAAAGACCCUAAGGAUGAGCCCUGUCCUUGCAGCCGAGCUCGCGAUCCGGGGAUCGAAAUAACAUACAUACGGGACCAGUUGCAUACCUUGAAAUUUAUACUAGAUGACAUACCACCACUUUUACGACCCUGGAUGCCGAUGGACGGCGAAAUCCCUACCGUUAGCGACGCUGAUCGGAUUCGGUCGGGUUUUGCGACAAUGAGAGCAAAUUUGCAUGUCACGCACCUGUGGGUCCAGAGUCUAUUGCUGGACCAACUGGAGGCAGCGCAGUCCCGGUACCACUCAGUACAGCCGACGGCGUCGGAGCAUGAGGUAGCAACCAUGGAUCCUCAGACACUCUGGCGGGAAAGAGAAGAGCUUUGUCGACAGCUUUUUUUUGUGUUACACAGUUUGCCGCAGGUGAACCUGGAGGCCAACGGUUUGCAUCUCGCUUACAAGGUGCGUGAUAUCGCUGCUAGUCUCCUUGCGUGCCCGUUUCACCCCGACGCCCCCGAAGCGCAACGCGCCACCGAAUACCUUCAGCAUUCCAGCAAUAUCUUGGCGCGUCUUGACCGCAGCGAAAAUGUGAAUACGAUACAUCUACAGUCCUGGGUUGACACGGAUCGAAUACAUACAGAUUGA